UCGAGUAGUUCACGAGAUACAUUUUGCUGUUGUUCGUAUAUUAUAUUUCGUAGCGAUCAAGAGACUAUGGCAGUCAUGUGAGAGAAAGAGCAUCCCAUAAACGUUAAAUCUCGGAUCUCUACAUAGAGCCUCAUCAUCGCAUAUAUAUAUACACACACACACUUUGCUCUACAAUAUUGGAGAGGAAAAGAGAAGAAAAUAGAGGAGAGAAAGAGCAUAAGAAUGAUUUCAAGGGAGCAAAAGAGAGGUUCCUCUCUUCAUGAGAAGUUUCAAUUGCUUCGUACAAUCACCAACUCUCAUGCUGAGAAUGAAACAUCGACCAUAGUGGAUGCAUCCAAAUAUAUUCAGGAACUUAAGCAUAAAGUAGAAAAUAUCAACGAAGAUAUCAUCAUGGCCGAGCAAUCUUCAAGCGAGCAAACCGGUCCAUUUCCCAUGGUUGCAGUGGAAACCCUAGAGAAGGGUUUCUUUAUAAAUGUGUUCUCAGGAAAGAACCAACAGGGUCUGCUCGUCUCUGUGUUAGAAGCCUUUGAGGAUUUGGGACUUAAUGUUCUUGAAGCUAGGGUUUCAUGUACGGACACUUUCAGCUUGCAAGCCAUAGGAGAAGAACAGAAUGACGACCAAGAUCAUAUGGAUGCCGAAGGAGUGAAACGUGUAGUAACUGCAGCGAUCAAGAACUCGAAUUGGAGCACGGUCCAAAGGACUGAAUAAACAAGUUAAAAUUUUCUCGAAGAGAAACGGGUGUUAGAUAUAAUAAAUGGAAAUCAACUGUAUGUUAGUCAUUAAAUAAUUAAAUGUCCUUGCUAAUUUCUUUGGCAAUGCAAAAGUAAAAUGUCGUUUCAUAUUUA